UAACAUAGACAUUUUUUUAAUUACACGAUAUUUAUUUACAAAUAAUUCAGAAAACCUUAUAAAAAUGAUUUGAGAAACACCGAAAACCAUGUCGGGCUGUUACAAGCGAGUAAAUUUUUAUGAUUUGUGUCGCCUCUGUGCCCAAAACAUUAACCGCAGCAAGCUAAAAAUCUUUGAGCAAGAGGGUAUCAAAGUACAGCUACAAACAAAAAUUAAGAAAUGUCUUUCCAUUCAUGUAAAAGAGGAUGAUUUUCUGCCAAAAGUUGUUUGUUCCAAAUGCAUAAAAAUGCUUGAUAUUUGCAAUACAUUUAGAGAAGAAUGUUUAAAUUCAGAAACUAUGCUCUCCAGUUAUUUUAAGAAUUACAGGCAUACAGAGGACUUUAAACAGUCUGGCAAGGUGUACAUAAAAGAAUCACAACCAUACACACCAGAGCCACCAAAGUUGCAAAACAAUAUAACAACAACUUUAGAAAAUUGCAAUGUUCCGGCAAAUAUUACAUCAAUGCAAAUCAUUGUACCAAAAUCUCCCAAUUUACAAAAACUUCAAAAAAAAACAGAGAUAAAAAACCCUAAUGCACAAAAUAAAAAGCACAAAUCUAAUGAAAUAAAUUUAAAUACUAAUUGUUUGCCACAAGCUCAAAAUGUACAAAUGCCAUAUAAUAUUGACAUAUUACAUGAGGCUCUGAGGAAGGCAGUACAGCAGCUUCCGAAGGAAAUAUUAAACAAGGUAAUUGUAAAUUCUGAUGGUGAGGUUAUCAAUUUGUCACCUCCAGAUAAUUUGAUUGAUACUUCUCAUACCUCACAAAAUUUGUUAAAUAAUUCAACCAGUGUAAUCAGCAAAGUCAGUAAAAAGAAUGAGAUUGUUAGACAAGAGGAUUCAGAAAACAAAAUGAAUGGGGUCAUUAAAAUUGAUUUAACUGAAGAUGAUCAUGAACAGCAGUUGGCAGUUAAAUUUAAUGGAGUAGGGGAGCUAACAAGUAAUGUUAACCACAAUGUGCAGAAUUCUACUGUUAUUAUUCCUGUGUCACAGUAUCAGAACAACAACUUGACGACAGUUCAAUCCAAUAACGUAUACCCCCAACCAACGCGAGUCAUAAACGUGAUUUGCGGAACACCUACUGACCAAGGAUCAGUAUCUAGUUCUUCUCUUAACCCAACGAUACCUAGUAUAAAGAUAGAGGAUCUUGCAACUUCACAAUCAAAUUAUAUACCCACUGGAACAGUAUCUGUUGUAAAAGCAGUACCAGGACACGUUAAGAAAGAAGAUAAGGUACACGCGUGUGAUGUAUGUUCGAAAACAUUUAAGCGUCGGGAACAUUUGUAUCAACACGUUAAGCUCCACACGGGCUUCAGACCAUAUCAAUGCUCGGAGUGCAAAAAAACUUUUGUAAGGAAAGAGCACUUGUUGAGACAUCAAGUACUCCAUUCUGGCGAAAGGAAUUAUUCAUGCGAUAUUUGCAAUAAGAGUUUUUCAAGGAACGAUAACCUUUUAAAGCAUAUCAGAACUCACAAUAGAGAAUCUAGUUAUACUUGCGGAUCAUGCGAUAAAGUAUUCAUAAUGAAGCAUUUUUAUGAUUCGCACAGAAGCGAGCAUGGGAUGUGUUAUUUACCGCCCGAGUUAAGAGGUGCUAACGUAUAAAGUUUUUUUUAUUAUCUGUUUUAUUUACGUAUUUGUUUUUUUUUUUAAUUUUAUGAAGGGUAUUUCAGUAGCAACUGGCUGGUUUUUUGAAAAUGGUUUGACCUACCAGAACUUCGUGUCUGAAACUGUUUUAAUUAUUUUAUGCUCCUUAGUGACUUUUUAAGUCUGUUAAAAAGGCAUUUAGGUAUUUUGUAUUUUUCCUAUUGAAAUAACGUUGAAUGUAACCUUAAACACGUUACGCCAAAGACCACAAAAAGAUUUGAAUAAAGUUUUAACAGGGUAAUUAUGCAGGGUACUUACAAAAACUCGCUAAUAUUCGAAUUAAAAAAAAAGUUGCGGGUAAAUUUGCUUUGCAAGAGGGUUUAUUUAAAUACAGUCGGCUUAGGUGCCAACGGGUACAAGUAAUAAAGAUUUUUUUGAGACCCUCGACAGUUUUGUAACUUAUAAAUUUGGUUUUCUAUAUGAAUCAUUGUUCACUUGUUAUUCGACCAUAUCAAAUGGGUGCUUUCUCAUUCGAUUUCCAGGUAAAGAGUGGUUCGAGUAUGUCUAUAAGAAGCUUCAUACAGUCUCACUAAACGGUAAAAAUAAUGAAAAUCGUUGAGAGAAUCUCUUGGCAAAUCUGCACAGUGACUCUUUCAAAAAGUAUCCGCCGAAUUUUUCUUACAUUAUCUUUAUUACGAGAUUCAUAAACGUAACUUUUCAUUCCAAUAAACAUAAACUUUUUACUUACUUUGGAUAAGAAUCAUCCAAUCAUUUGGGGUAAAUAUGAGAGGGCAUAAUAGGAUUCUUUUUCUUUUUCAAUUACCCCUAAAUUUUCGGUCGCAUUUAUAAGUGGCCUAAAAUCAAGAAUUUUUGAUCUACUAUCCCUUUGUAUUUGAUCAAUGUUUAUUUGUUUUGCCUGCAUUGUCACUGAAGGCUUCGAUAUACGUAACAGUUCGAGAUAGUCCUAAAAAGUACUUUUAAAGACAUAAUAUUAGUUCUUGUGAUUCCCUUUAUCCACUGCCUUCAUGCCGCAUAAACAUUUGAGCAGUGCCCUUACGCUGCCUUUUACAUGGAACACGUUGCUGCUAGUGAGGAAGAAGGUUCGACCUUAGCAGUAUCUUGAUUUUCUCUGCAUCUGUGCUUGCCUUAGGAGAACUUUUUUUCAGUAUUUGCUUGAGCCAAAUCUGAUUGAGUCCCAGAUUUUCCUUUUACUACAUUGGUCAAUUCUCCAGUAAGUAAAAAUUGUUUUGCAAAUUGGUUUUCCAGUAAGAUAAAUUACGGUCAAGAUUCUUUGGAUUUUGGCUUUUUAAUAGAACGUCGAAGAACUCCCACUUUGGUAGAAGAAUGAAGAAAUACAGUCUGCAAAUUACAAUCUCCUACAACCUAAGUCUUGAAGAAAUACGUAGUCUUUGGUAUUCGGGGAAUUCGUUACACUUAUAGCGACACGCUUAGCAAUAUGGUCUUAGAUGUUUGGCUGCGUGAGUUUUCUCUACGUAUUUGUGUCCUACGUAUCCUUCGCUCCUAUUCUCUUAUGUUUAGUUUGCUGUUGUUUCAAUUCUUCUUUCCUCUUUUUUGAGGAAUCGUCGAUUUCUUCCUCCUACACGUCGAAGUGAAAGAGAAAUAAUAAAAACAACAACACUAAAGUGUUAUUUGAAAUUUUUAAGAAAUAUUUAAGAAAAUUGACAUGAAUCAACUCAAUAUAACAAAGUAAAAGGUUAUAAAUAGAAAAAAUAAAAAGAUUAUCUGAGCGAUACUCUUGCAACCGUCUUAUUAUUACUGAUAUAUUAUUUAGGUAUCUACUUGAACUCUCAUUUCAAUUUUCUUCCACAAAAAUCACUAUUAACACUGCUGCUCUAAUUGGUGUAAGCUGCAUAAACAUUUAAAAUAAUUCACAAGCAAUGGGGUAGAAGUGCGCUUCUAUCCAUUUGCCACAAAUAGUGGUUAAAUAUAUUACAUAUUGAUGGUCUCACCUACAAGGCUAUUCACUUGUAUUUCUCUACCACAAAAUUAUUUAUAAUAUUGAGUACCACAAUAUGUACUUAGUUAAUUUUGUUUUUAUUUGUCAGUUGCCCCUCUCCAUUACAAACAGUUUGUAUUAGAAAUUUGCCAAUGUCACGAAAAUUAUAGUCUGGAAGAAAAUCGAAUGAAUUCAUCUUCAUUAAUUGAUAAAAUAUUGUGAAGAAAAAACAAACAAAAAUAUCAGCCAUAUAAAAUUUCAUAAAUAUAUAAAAUGUGCAUGAAAUACAAGUUUCUUCCCCAAGCAUUCAAUGCUUAUAUCAUGCAGAUUCAACCUUUUUAACUAUUUACAGAACUUGCUUCCCGACAAAAAAAAUAUUCUAAUUGAAUUGACAAUUGAAUAAAAAAAUUGAAUCAUUCUUUUGAACUAGAAUAGGAUAUAAAUUUGGAUGUUAGUUUUGCUUCGAACCGACUGUCUUAUAAAGAUAUAGUUUAGCAGUCACUUAAAACUCAUCCCUUUAAAUUUCCUCAAUGUGCUUUAAUUAAUAUUAGGGAUUUCCUGCAAUCAUAGAAAAAAAAGCACCUAUACAAUAUCAGAAUAAUAAAUGUCAGCUUCUUAACCUAUAAGAAUUAUUCAAAACCUCUACAACAAAGUAAGCAGUCUAAAUCUAAUAACCCAAAUUACUGUGGACCUCUUUGCUGUGCUAUUUACAUUUUAUUAAAAUUUGGUAAAUUUGUUUAUUAUUAAUAACAUAUUAAUUAACAAUGUUGUGUUGUUACAAUAAGAAUACUUUAUUUUUUUAUGCAAUAAGAUUUGUUAAAUAAAAAUGGAAAAAAAACGUGGUACACUGCUAUCUAUUUUUAUUAAAUGCCAUUUUUUUUAUAAAGAAAUUCAAAAUAUUUUUUUUAUGAAUAAUAAGCAAUCAAUAUAAAGGUGGUCAGUUUACAUUGAGAUGCUCUUCACUUGGUUACAGUUGUAGAAAGAUAUCUUGUCAAAAACACAAAAUCGGAGCAUGAAAAAUGUGAUUAAAUUACAAAUAUUUGCACGAAAAUCAGUGUUCCUUUCUAAACUUAUAUACACAUUUUUCAUUUAAUAGUUGGUAUGGAAUACCGUAUAGGCUGUACCUAGGGUUAAUUUCUAUUUUAAUUUAGCUUGCAGCAUAAGGAUUAGCAAACUGUUUUCGCAUACAGUUAACGUUAUAAAUAAAAAGGUUUUUAGAAAAUCUUGCAAAAAUUUAUAAUCAUGUAUUUUGAAAUAUAUUUACUGUAAAUUUUU